CUGACAAAGGCUACGGGUUUAAAAUCAUCGGUUAUUUCGCACUUUAGAGUCGAUAAACCAACAUGUCCCGCACCUGAUGAUCAUGCGUCAACCAAUCCGUCAUCAUUUAAGGUUGGACCGAUCAUCAGCUGUGUAGACGGGUCAACGGAUAGAAUAACCUGGUUUUUAAGUCUGAUAAUUACCCAGUGGAUUAAUCACAUUCCAGCUUACCUCACAAACACCCAAAUGUUCCUAGAACGUCUACGUAACGCGUCUCCUAAUAACGCAUACGUGAUGGAGUCUUUCGACGUUACUGCACUGUACACCAACGUGUCGAAUGACUCCGCAAUGCAAGCCAUCUUCGAACUUCUUGUUGAACAUGAAGGAAGAAUAAAUAUGCAUGGCUUGUCCAUCCAGCAGCUAAUAGCUGUGUUAAAGGAGCGCCUAAACAGCUCGAUUCUCAGAUGGUCUGGGAAAUAUUUCGUGCAAAUAAGGGGAUUGGCAAUGGGACAGCGACUGGCACCAAGCCUUGCCCCAAGUCUUGCCAUUGUUGGACCGAUCAUCAGCUGUGUAGACGGGUCAACGGAUAGAAUAACCUGGUUUUUAAGUCUGAUAAUUACCCAGUGGAUUAAUCACAUUCCAGCUUACCUCACAAACACCCAAAUGUUCCUAGAACGUCUACGUAACGCGUCUCCUAAUAACGCAUACGUGAUGGAGUCUUUCGACGUUACUGCACUGUACACCAACGUGUCGAAUGACUCCGCAAUGCAAGCCAUCUUCGAACUUCUUGUUGAACAUGAAGGAAGAAUAAAUAUGCAUGGCUUGUCCAUCCAGCAGCUAAUAGCUGUGUUAAAGGAGCGCCUAAACAGCUCGAUUCUCAGAUGGUCUGGGAAAUAUUUCGUGCAAAUAAGGGGAUUGGCAAUGGGACAGCGACUGGCACCAAGCCUUGCCCCAAGUCUUGCCAUUGUAACUGCCACGACCGACUUUCUAUUAACCUCGGCAUUGAUCAAGUAA